AUGGCAUAUUUAAGAAGGGUGCUGUUCAGACUAAGGGUUUUCUUCUUGCUGAUAUUGUGCGAUUUCAUUAGGUCACUGUUAACAGUGAUACUGGCUACAAAGACCCUGCACAUAUACUCAAAUGUUGAAGGAGGCUUUUGCAGAGUGUUUCAAUACUUGUUCUCUACAAUUUCAAUCUUCUCUGAUUUGCUGAUAACUGUAUUGGCUAUCCAUUUCCUUUUGGUGAUUUUUUAUCCUUCAACGAUCAAGAGGUAUGUUGUUAAAGUGCCAUCAAUCAGGGCCCUUUCCAAGAACGUGUACUUAAUAUUGACCUUUAGAAGAAGCAUCUUCAAAAAGGGUUUACGUUAUAAUGAUCCCCCGGAAAGAGAAAUUGUUUAUGACGGUGGACUUUACUCAUAUAGACACUGUAUCCUCAUUGUUAUAUUUCUGCUGGGCGCUGGUCUACCAGGCUUGGCUUCUGUCAACGGUCAAGAUUCAACAGACCAAGGCUUGUGCAAUCUUCCAAUUGAGCCUGCGUGGAAGAGGAUAGUCAUAGUUUACGGGUUUAAAUACUUCAACACUGUGCUUAUCAUAUUGGCAUACUUGGCCAUAUCAAUCUAUAUGAGCUUUAGCUUGUACAAAAUUAACAAGCAAAGAAAUGAGGUGUUUAACAGAUGUCCACAACAGACUGGAGAGCAGGUUGACUUUCCAGGAGAAUUACAACGGGAACUGAUGGACCUCACCGUACCAGAUUACGCAAAGCGUCAAAGGAGUAUCAUUAAAGAGCUGAAUACCCUGGCACUGUAUCCGUUGGGCUACCUUCUUGUCUGGACAGUUCCGCUCAUUGCUCAAAUCUGGAACUAUGUUGCAAAUCGCCAUGGUGUUUCUCGACCGUUUGGUUUGGAUAUCAUCGUCGUGAUUGCAGCUCCGCUGAGCUGUACUGUAAUCACGGUCAUCUUCUUGGUUUGUGAAAAGCCAUGGCGAAUGACGGAAAAGCGUUUGAAAAGUCAAGCCAAUGGUUCAGAGCACUGUUUAUUCCAUGAUGUGGUUGGUGUUAACAGUUCACAGGAGGAAACAACUCAAACAGACACUGCAGAAGAACCAAAUGAGUUGAAAUCUGUCAAGAUACGCCACGCUUCUAACGGUGAUUCAUUAAAUCAACCGUUAUGGAAAGGAGCAGGUUCAUCCUUACCUAAACCACUUUCACUGACAACGCUGAGAGAUAAUGUAUCCGAGCUAGAUGGAUAUAGCGAAAAUGGCCAUCACGAUACUGUAAACUGUGACCACGAGUCCUCCAGUUGUCACCAGAGGGAUGAUCAAUCAACCAUGAGCUUCAAUGAAUUCCUACGAGCAGGGUACCUAUGAGUCGCCCCUAUAUGAAUAAAAUGAUGUGUCGUG